AUGGGUAAUCUGGAAACUGUGGACGGGGCUAAUAUUUUAGUACUAAUCUUUGAAGGUUCCAUUGUACGGUUAGGACCUAGCGAAAUAUCCUUUGCAACAAUCAGUGCCUUCAACACGAUUUACGGACCUCUUUCUGAUAGGAACACAACCAAGUCAGGCUCACUCCAAGGCUUGUUCAUAUCUCUAGUGACGGAAAUUACCCAACCAAUGAUAUCACAAUUCAAUAAGCAAAAUCAUAAAGAGGCUAGGACAGACCUUCGUCCUAUCUUCGACGAAAUGGUCAGAGGUCCUCAGGAGAGCGUUCACAAUGAAAUCUUCAACAAGCACCCUAUCCAUUUACCUAGCUUGACCGGCGAGGAAGUGUCAUUCAAUCUCAGUUUCUACUUAGAUGCAUUACUUUGGGACCUCGCCGGAGGCGUUGUACUUGGGCAUGAGCUACCAGAAAGGGCCAAAGGUAUCCAUGUCUCCGGGUCUACCUCGCACUUUAUCGAUGCCACAAAGGAUAAUGCCUGGGAACCAGAGAGCGCCCUUUCCAACUUCAAGGACCGUCUUACUUCUGGAACGAUAACCGAGUUGCGUUUGACACCUUCCGAGGUAAAAGCAAACAUUGUCAUGUUAGCUGGCGCGGGAUACGAAACAUCAAAAACUACAGUCAAUAACGCCUUUUAUUUCCUACUUCGAGAUUCCGCUGCCUUCAGAGCAGUCCGGGAAGAGCUCAAAUCCAACUUCCAAACACGAGGCGAAAUUUCGGAUCACAAGCUUAUCUCGCUUCCAUACCUGAACGCAUGCAUCAAUGAAAGCUUAAGAAUGAUGCCGCCUGUCAAUGGUAAAGUAAUGCAGCGAGUCUCUUGUGGUACGACAAUCGAUGGUGUCUAUGUGCCAAAAGGCGUUGCGGUCUCCGCUGAUAAUUUUUCAAUGCACCGAUCGCCCCUCUACUGGGAGAAUCCCGAGUCAUUUCGACCAGAGAGGUGGAUUAACAAACAAUCAACCGACAACUUCCGUGCUUUCCGUGCCUUCUCCUCUGGACCGCGGGCAUGUCCCGGCCGUCUGAUGGCCCUUCAAACUGCUCGUCUCACCCUAGCCAAAAUUAUCUGGCUCUACGAUCUGGAGAUGAUAAACGAUCCGAUAGAGUGGGAACAAACUGUCAAGUCCGGAUUUGUAUGGACACUACCGGAUUUAUACGUUCGUGUCACUAGCUCCGGUUUAAUAUAA